GCCUGACAUUGCACGGGGGUACAGUACGAAGUACGAAGUACCUUGUGUGGCUAUGGUACUCCGUUACUUACGCCGCAACUGAGCUGAGGCCGCUUCGAUGGUUUGGGAAUCUGCAUCACAAUCUAUCCCCACUUCAGUUCUCCAGACGCGACAUUGCAACACCACCACCUCUGCUCAAAUAUAAACGUAGCCACCACCACAGCAGCAGCAACGCGCGACAUGGCUAGCAAGCGCACCAAGCCAGUAGCCCCCACAGACGACGAGCUGGGCGAGCUCUUUGAGGGCAUCGGCGACGAUGCUGCCCCCCGCAAGACUGCGAAGCCCGCGCCCGCCAAAAGCAAGCAGCCGGACGAUGACAUCUUGGCCGAGCUCGAGAACGAGCUCGGCGACACGACGCCUGCCCGCCCCCACACUCCCCGGGUCCGCGAGGCCGCGCCAAAGACGUCUCUAGCCAAACGCGCCUCGACAAACACCCCCCCUCCCGGCGCCGACGCACCUGCCGCCACGCGCAAGUCCGCCGAUAGCACCCGAUCCUACCAUGCCAGCUUCACCCCCAGCGCCACGAGCUCCGAGCUGCAGGAAUCCGAGAGAAAGGCUCCCGUCGAGCCACCACAGCCUGCAGCGGCUCCCAGCGGUGGUAGCUGGUGGGGAGGCCUGCUGUCAACCGCGACGGCAGCCAUGAAGCAGGCCGAGGCCGCCGUCAAGGAGAUACAGCAGAACGAGGAGGCCAGGAAGUGGGCUGACCAAGUCCGCGGCAACGUGGACACUCUCAAGGGCCUUGGUGACGAACUCCGCCAUCGCGCCCUACCGACCUUCACUAACAUCCUCCACACGCUUGCGCCGCCCAUCUCGUCGCACGAGCGCCUGAUGAUCCACAUAACGCACGAUCUCGCGGGCUACCCAUCGCUCGACCCGCUCAUCUACGGCGUCUUCAACCGCGUCAUGGCCCAGGUCGAGGGCGGUGACCUGCUCGUCAUCCAGCGCGGCCAGGAGUCGUCGGUGCGCAGCCCCCCCGCCUCGGACAAAGCCGGCGCCGGGUCCUUCUUUGCCGGCCAGUCGGCAGCCGGCUGGCGCGACGGCCCGUGGUGGCGGCAGGCAGACACGCCGCGCGAUCUCGGCGCGGUCAAGGGACUAGUCGAGGGCACCAAAUUGUGCCGGGCCAACGCCGAGGGCUACGCCAAUGACUACUUCGCGGCGCAUGGCGGCAUUGAGGGCGCGCGCCAGCGAGCUGUCGAGCCCGUCAGCGAGAGCAACCCGGUGCGCAGCUCAGACCUGUUCCUCUCGGUGCAGGCCCUCACAGUAGCCGCCGACAAGGGCCUGUUUGCCGGCAGCACGGCGACCGAGAAGGACAAGGCCGACUCGGCUGUACUCGAGGAAGACGACGAGGACGCCGAUGGUGACCUCGUCUGCUUCGCCGUCUUCAUCCUCGACCCCGUCCACGAGAUCCAGUACUCGGCCGUCAGCCAGAGCGUGCCCGCGCGCUGGAUCCGCUGGCUCGACGCCUCAGCCGCGCCGCUGCCGCAGGCCGCCAGCGAGGAAGGUUACAUCAAAUCCGAGCUCGACCGCGUGCCCGACGAGAUCCGCGAGAUUGUCGAGGGCGGCGGCGUCGAUCCGCGCGAGUGGGUUGCCGAGUGGGUCGAGGAGACGCUUAACCUGUCCGUCGGCGUCGUAGCGCAGAGGUAUGUCGCGCGCCGCAUGGGCGUCGGCGAGGGCGGCAUCGGUAAGGGCAAGCAGAAGGUCGAAAAAUCGAGAGCUGGAGACUGCGGAGAUCGUUGA